AUGACCGAAGCCAAUUCAGACAGAUCACAGCCGCCAUCAGACAAUGAGGCUAGCCAACAAUCACAGCCAAGCCAAUCGAGACCGGAUAUCAUGAUGGCUUCCCAAGCUGAAUCGGAUACGGGCGCACCGGAAGAUGCAAUGACCGCAGUGGAGAAUCUCCGUCGUGACCUCCCAAAGUCAGGUGUUGAGUGCGUUUUUCUUCACGGCUCGCUGGAACUCCUUCGGUGUUUUCUCUGUGGCCGUGUAUGCUCUUGGGACGAUAAUGGACGCCAGCUGGAAACAAUGUCAGGUCAACAACCUGAGUGUCCCCACUGCGUCGGCGCUACCGUUGCUCGUGAGGAGCGUGGAAAACGGCCUUUGGGUGUUGGCAAGCUGAGGCCUGAUAUUGUGCUCUAUGGUGAAGAACAUCCCAAUGCACACCUCAUCAGCCCAAUUGUCACGCACGACUUGGCUCUGUGCCCAGAUUUGCUGCUCAUCCUCGGUACCAGCUUACGAGUUCACGGCUUGAAAGUGAUGGUCAGAGAGUUUGCAAAGGCAGUCCACGCAAAAGGUGGAAAAGUGGUGUUUGUCAACUACACCAAGCCUCCCGAGAGUUCAUGGGGCGAUGUCAUCGACUACUGGGUCGAAUGGGACUGCGACGCUUGGGUAUCCGACUUGCAAGAAAAGAUACCCAAGUUAUGGCAAACCCCCGAUCCUCCCAAGCUCAAAAAGAAACGCGACUCAGGUGGCGUAGGCGAAGAAGGCGAAAAGAUGGAUGCUAAACGUUGUACCGCAGCCAACCCCAUUGCUCUCCGCGAUACAAAGGCUACGGGAGCCUAUUGGGUUUCCAAGAUAAUGAGAGAACUACACAGGAUAACCGGGCAUGGUCCUCUGGAUCCCAGAGAGAUAGUCACACCAGUCAUUGUGGCUGCACCGAUCGAGAUUCCUACAGUUCCUGCUGAACCUGAACCAGUGGAGGUACUGCAAAACAAGCCGAUCGCAAUUCCAAAGAGAUCUAAACGGUCUCGCAAGUCUGCACCAAGCACUUUGGAAAGAUGCAAGAAACCUCCAUCAACAUUGAAUCCCAACCAUGGUCGGACGCUUCGCAGUACUGAAACUGCUGAACCCCCCAAGGUUGAGGAAGCUGAAAUACCCUUUAGCCACAUUCUAAGGCCCGAGAGAUUCAUCAAAGAGAGUUCGAUCAUUGAUUCGGUUAAAGGGCGCGUCAGGAAGCGCAGGAGGAUUGAUGGCGAGGAAGUUGAACUACCCUCAGUUGGCAGGCGCCAAUCAAGCCAGAAGCCUCCAGAGAUUGACAACUCGCUCCGAUUACCUCCAAUGAAACCACAACCACCGACUCCUCAUAAUAGUCCGCCUUUUGAACGCUUGGCACCAAUGGAGCCGCCGCAUUGCGAGACUCCCCCAAAGUACUUCAUUAACGCGCAACUACAGCCUGUUUCACCAGUGGCUGCGCCCAAUCCAGGACCGCUGAAGCAAGUUUCUCAUAACACGAGUAGACGUGUUACACGCAGUCAAAGGUCUUCGAUGGGUCUUGAAGAGGCUCCCGCGCCGUUUGUGGCUGGGUGUCCUCCCCCAGAAACAGCCCUUGAGUGGUGUUACAGUCAUCAAGGCUCUUACAGCCUAGUUAGGAAAACAGACUAUAGCCCGGCAGAGACGGGUGCGAUUGCAGCUUUGUCUAUGCUGAAGCAAGGUGAGGCCCGGAACUUUGUCCUUUCUCCGCAAAGUCGGGUGCAAACACGGUCGUCGUCAAGGUUAAGAAACGAGGGUGUCUAG